AUCGCAAUAACAGUCUCCGGAGAAAUCUUGACAUAUUUCUGUUCUCUAUAAGCUUAAGGCGGUGUCUAAGUCUUUUUUUCGAUUUAAAUAAAUAAAAAAAAUAACAACAAUUAUUUCCUUUGAUUUUAUGACAAAAAAGAAUUUCUACGGGACAAAAUAAUGUGCAACUUAACUUAAAAGUUUAUUAACAAAUUCUAGUGUUUUUAAUUUUUGUUUUUGAAAAGUGUGAACACUAUCGCAGUUUCAUUUGGCAAGAUCGUUUUCAUUUUGAGUCGUUUUUUUAAAGUAACACGAACAGGAAAAUGCCUUGCUCCGCAGUAACUCUAUCGAUAGCUACGAUAUCCGCCAUCAUUGCUAGUGCCCUGUUGGCGAUCGCAUUCUCGACAGAUAAUUGGUUACUUUAUGAUGUUAAACGAAGUAAUAUUCAGGCAUUUGCUGCAAAGCAUCCAACAGAUUCUGAGGCACUGCUUACUAGCAUGAAUACCAAAUAUUACUACUAUACGAGGACAAGAGGAUUAUUUAGAGUAUGUUAUCCAAAGGAAAGACCACCCACAUCUGCAGUUCCAACAUACUUAUCGCCUGUUGAAACCCACUGCUCGAAUGUUGAUUAUUUCCCAAAUAGCGACGAAGAAAAAUCGCCAAAUGAUGAUGCUACUUCCAGAUUACAUUUGCUGAGGUCUUGUGUGGCUUUGUUAAUUAUAAGUUUCGUCACCAUAUUUUGUGCGUUUUGGACUGGUCUGUCUGGGUGCUGGAAACGGUCAGCGGGUGCAAUCACAGCUACGGCAAUUUUACUUUUGGCAGCAUGUCUUUUAGCUGCUGGUGCCAUGGGCUUAUGGCAUACUGUUGAAUUCUUUGAAAAGGAGAAAGUUGUUGGUGAAGAUUACUAUCAACAGUGGAAUACGGUUCUUAAGGAUAAUACGAAAGUUUCUUACGAUUGGUCAUAUGUUGUGGCAUGGACUGGUGUAGGAACGUGUUUGUUGGCUGCAAUUCUUCUUUCUGGUGCUGCCAUAUGUUUGAAGAGUGAACGCGAAAAGGAGGAACAAUUAAAUUUACAAUAUUUAAUGCCAGUGUAUUCCCAAAAGCAACCUCCUUACCCACCAUACGCCGGAUAUCCCCAACCUCAGAUUUAUCCAGCUCCAUACUACCAUGGAUCACAAUAUGGACCCUACAAUUAUUAAAACAAAAAAGAACAUCAAUCGAAAAAUGGAGAGUAACACAUCCAGACUUUUAUAUUAAUCAUUAAAACAAAAUAUUAUUGAAAACUUUUUAUGAACAAGAUGCCAAGAACAAUGCAAACACAUAAAAUCGAAAUAUAAUAAUUAUAAUGUAUUGUACUCUUAUAAAAAUAAUCAUCGAUUUAUUUAAUAAUUAUUAUUAAUAAAUAUUCGACAUUUUUGUUCUCGAAACAAAAUUGGCAGAAGUGUACAAAAAAAUAUGGUUUACAUUUGAAAUUAAAAAAAAUAUUUAAAUAAUCAUCAUAUCAAUAUCAGUCAUCAACGAAUUAAAUAAUACACAUUGGUGUGCAUGUACAUAAAAUGUAUUUGUUUUAUGUAUAGACUUUAAGUUAUAGCUAGAAUAUUGUUCGUAUUUCAAGCACUUCAAUAGUUAAGUCUAGUUGCAUUGUAGUCAAUUAUUUUUUCUCGAUUAUAAGCAAGUCACAAAUUUGAAAAUUUCUUUUAACAAAACACUUUUAUUAUAUGCAUUACAAUUUUAUUAAACUUUUUUUUGAACAAAACAUAAAGUUGGCAGAAGUAGAAAUAAUAAAAAUAAAUAGGUAUAAAUUAAGCCUUAUAAUAAGUCAUGCACAUGUCUUCCAAGAUUUAAAAAAAAAGGGUUCUUAACUUUAGCAUGUAAUUAUUAUUUUAAUCGGUUAUAAUGAUAAUAUGUUAUAAUAAUUUCUUUCUUAUGCAUAACCUUUUGUUAAACAAUCUUUCAUAUCUACAUACGCAUUAUUUGUACUCUUAUUAACAUCUUUGUUUGCUUUUUUGUGUUAUAAAACUUUACUUAAAUUUAUCAUUAAUUCAAAUUAAAAUGAUCACUUAAAGACUGGU